AUGAUCGACAUCGACCCCGCGCACAUAAUUCUGGUUACUGGAGCCCACGGAUUCAUCGGGAGCCAUGUUGCCCGUCGGCUUGCCGAAGACGGUUACAACGUCCGGACCAGCGACAUCAUACCCUACCCCCUUCACGACCAUCCUCCAGUCGGAGAGGUUCACAUCGGCAACCUGUGCGACCCCGCCUUUUGCGCGCGCGUUGUGCGCGGUGUGAGCACCGUACUGCACUUCGCCGCGACUAUGGGCGGGAUGGGCACGAUUCACUCCGGUAACGACUUCGUCAUUUACAGGGAGAACCACGCCAUGAGUCUGAAUCUCCUCGAAGCGUGCAAAGCUACUGGUAUCAAACGCUUCCUCUAUGCUUCCUCCGCAUGUGAGUCAGGCUCCACCGAUGUCUCGCUCGCCGAGGGCGACGUCUGGACCACGCCCCCUCGCCCUCAACACCUUUAUGGUACGGAGAAACUAUCCACAGAGCUCGUCCUUCUAGAGCACUCCUCUCCAACAUUCCACGUCCACAUUGCCCGCUUUCACAACGUCUUUGGUCCACAGGGAUCAUGGUGUGGCGGUCGCGAGAAGGUCCCUGCGGCAUUCUUGCGCAAGGCGAUCGCGGCAAAGUUCCUCCCCUCCCCUUCUACGUUUGAAAUCUGGGGAGAAGGAUCACAACGUCGCAGUUUCCUCUUCAUCGACGACGCGGUGGAUGCUAUCCUCCGGCUUCUAUUCUCCGACUGCACCGAUCCCGUCAACAUCGGAUCGGACCGCGCAGUCACCGUUCAGCAGCUCGCAACGAUGGCCCUGGAAGCCGUCUCACUCGAUCCUUCCAGAGUCGACUUCUCGUACGUCGGGGACAGACCACUCGGUGUCGGCUCGAGGAAUUCGAACAACACCUUCGUCACGGCAAGACUCGGUUGGCGGCCGACGCGAACACUGGAGGAGGGCCUGCGCACCACUGGGACAUGGAUCGAGGAAGAGAUCAAGAGGGUGACUUCCCCCAUGGUUGAGAAAGAGCGUCUGGAGUAUCUGAGGGGCCUCCAGCAAAGCAACGUGGUUGACCUUGCGUCCGACGCCAUCACUUUCGCCGUCUUGCUCCCCAUCACGUCUCGCGUCUGCGCGCUCUGGCGCGACUGUGCGCGGACGGCGUAUGCUGAUGGGUGCGACUACUACGUGCUCAUGGGCGACGAUGUCCUCCUCCAGGACGACAACUGGAUGUCCUCAUUCCACCACAAGUUCUCCGAGCUCGCAAACGCAGAGCACGCCCCGCAUGGCGUGGGAUGUGUCGCAUUCACGGACGUUUCUUUUCCCGGUAUGCCAACCUUCCCCGUCAUUCAUCGCACCCACAUGGACAUCUUCCGCGGCGAGGUCAUCCCGGAGUGCUUCACGAACCAAGACGGAGACCCGUUUCUCUUCCAGCUCUACCGGCGCUGGGGCUGCUCCACGAUGGUGCCUUCUCGGAUCUCGAAUGUGGUGGGUGGGAGCGGAGACGCGCGCUACGACAAGGUUCAUGCCGCUGGGUGGACGUUCAAGCCACUCGACGACGCAUCGGACCGAGUGGAGGACUGGCUUCGGGACCGCGCUCCCGACGCUCGUCGCAAGCUUGCUUUGGACAUCGUCAUCCCCUGCUACAGGGUAAACAUGCUCUACCUCGACGCCUUCCUCGCUCUCGAGCCGUCUCCCACAUGUAGCGUUAUGUUCGUCAUCAUCGUCGACGACCCGCACUCCCCGCGCACCGGCGACCUGCAGCAGAAGUACGGACAGCGCGCCGACGUCCGCAUCCGCGUCCACCCCGCGAACCUCGGCGCGUCCGCCGCGCGCAACCGCGGCCUGCGCGAGUCCGCCGCAGAGUGGGUCCACUUCCUCGACGACGACGUCAGCCCCGCUCCGGACCUGCUCCUCGAAGCCGAGAAGGCGAUCCGCGCGCGCCCAGACGCGGCCGGGUUCGUGGGCAACGCGUACUUUCCCGUCGCCGCCAGCGUGUUCACCACCGCGGUCCACCUCGCGGGGGUGACGUACUUCUGGGACAUCGCCGACAAGAUCGCCGCGGACGUCCCGUGGGGCGUCACGGCCAACCUGAUUGCGCGGCGCAGCGACGACGGCGAUGCCGGCUUCUUCAACCCGCAGUUCCCAAAGACCGGCGGUGGCGAGGACAUCGACUUCUGUCGCAAGAAGCGCGCUGCGUCGCUCGCGCGCGAAGGGAGCGCGUUCGCGCCCGCCCCCGCGGUGCGCGUCACCCAUCCGUGGUGGAACGACGGGCGACGGAGCUACUGGCGGUUCUACAUGUGGUCGAAGGGCGACGGCGGGCUCGUGCGGCUCUACCCCGAGCACACCUACCAGGAUCUCGCGCCGAACGCGGCGGAGAGCCUCCUCGCUUGCCUCGUCCUCUUGUCCCUAGGCUGCGCCGCGGCACCGUUCGACGCGUUUAUCGCAUUUGCUCUCACCCGCAUCUCCCUCCUCGCAGCGGUCUCCAUCAUGCUCGCCCAAAUCUCUCACGACGUCUUGCGACACACGGUUCUGCACCCCGAACGCGUGCGCGACAUGGACACCACCGCGACGGGCGCACGUUGGGUGGCCGCCAUGUGGGGCCGGGUUGUGGGCCUGCUCGAGCGCGGGGAAUGGAACCUGCUUAUGCGACGUUUUGAUUGGUUCUGCGGGGUGUUUGGGGACGGUCCGCGCAGGGAGGAGACCACCAACAAUGUGGUUCGGCUGGCCAUCGCGGCGGGGCUCUUCGCGGUUCUGACCAAUCUCGUGCUUUAG